UGAAGAAUAACCUGAUUGGAAUUUUGUGGUUGAAGGUCAAAGGUCAAGGUCAGUGUGACCUUGCAAAAUAUGUUUUUGGCCAUAACUCAAGAAGUCAUGUACUAAUUAUGACAUAACUUCACACAGAUGUCUGAUAAGAUAAAAUGAUGACGUGAUGACAGUUUAUAUCAAAAAGAUCAAAGGUCAGGUUCACUGUGACAUCAUAAUGUUCUGCAUAAAAUACUUUUCUGGCCAUUAUUCAACAUUAUAUCUCAGGAACAGAAGGUGAGACAUUUGGUCAGAUGCUUAAUUGGUGACACUCAUCUUGGGUGAUUGUGUAGAUUUUCUGUGUUGCCGGGGGGAAGAUGUGUGUGAAGCCUCCAUGUUUUCACAGACAUGGAUGUAAACUGUAACUGCAACUUGAGAGGAGCGCAGAGGCAUAAAAUCGCAGGGUGGUAAUUCUUUUUUUAUCUUUUUCACCAAAAAAAGUUACAAUUUCCACUAGUUUUGGUAGAUUUACACUCUAGUAUGACAUAGAGGUUGUUUCAUGCUGCGCUUGUCAGGUCUCCAGUCAGCUCUCUCCUCCUCGGCUCCAUCCAUUGCCUCAUUAUGGCCGCUCCAACUUCAAGAAAUGACAACAUGGUAGCAAUCAACAACGUCUAUAACAAAGUGUCCUUGUGCUGUCAUUUUUUGCAUAACUAGCUAUGUGUGUGUGUGUAUUUAGUAUGCAGUAUUACACACUGCUGCCCUCCCACACCCCUGUGUAUGAGUUUCAGAGAGACAAACCGGCCAGUCAUAACAGAAGAAAGACACCAACUACUCACAUCACACGACUAUACUGCCAAGAAACUCACUAAGGAUCAUCAACACGGUAUCUGUGGACAUCUGGUUCUUUGAUUACUAAUUGAAAGCGUUAAACAAGAAAGGAUACCGAGGAAAAGAGGGGACUCCUCUCAGCAACUCAAUCACUGGACUGAAUGUCUGAGAAUAUACUCUGGGCAGCACUGGCUUUUGUCUACUGAGUGCUCACUAUCCUCCUCAGGAGAAAGACAAGAAAAAAAACUGAGGUUUAUCUGAGAGACAUUUUUGUUGACCUUAAAGUUUCCUCAGCAACAAUGGCAUCAACUGGUCUUCAGCUGCUGGGCUUGGUCUUGGCUGUGCUGGGUUGGGUGUGCGGGGCGCUGGUGUGCGCGGCUCCUCUGUGGCGUGUGUCGGCCUUCGUGGGUGGAGAGCUGGUGAUUGCUCAGGUGCUGUGGGAGGGACUGUGGAUGAACUGUCUGUCUCAAACCACAGGCCAGAUCCAGUGCAAGACCUAUGACUCCACCCUGGCCCUGCCCGUGUCUGCCCAAGCCGCCCGAGGCCUCACUGUUCUCUCCCUGCUCCUCUGCCUUCUAGCCCUCAUGCUUGGGGUGGCCGGGGCCAAGUGCACUCACUGCAUGGAUGACGGUAACCAGGCCUCCAAAGCUCGGCUGGCGAGGAUAGCAGGGGUGCUCUUCCUUGUAGCUGGCUUGGCCUACAUGAUACCCAUCUGUUGGACUGCCCAUGCAAUCAUCAGGGACUUCUAUGAUCCGAAUGUUGCGGCGCCUUUAAAGAGAGAGCUGGGGCCAGCGCUGUACCUGGGCUGGGGGGCCAGCUUGCUGCUCCUGGUGGGCGGCUCCCUCCUGCACGCAGGCUCCUCUCCACCAGGUGGAAGAACGCUGCCUAUUUUGGGAGGAGCAACCAAAGAUAACCCACAUACAGGGGCAGCAGGAGAGGUGAAGCAACAGGAAAAAUCUUUUGUAUGAGAUGAUUUCAUUGGACAUGUGAGGUACAAACAAGUACAAAGGUCACAAUCUCAUCAGACAACCUUCUGGAAACUACAAAGUCACCAUCGAUUAGAGGAUAUUCAGCAGAUAUUAUGUUUUAUAUUUUUCAGACUUUGUAUCUUUGUAUAUGCUUCUUCAAGUAAUAAUAUGGAUUUAAUUACACUUUAAUAAAUAUUUUUUUAGAUUUAUUAAUACAUUUACAUGAUAAACUACAUAGCAAAGGGUUUCUAAUAUAAUUUAUAUCAUUAUCAGAUUUCGGUCAGAGUGGGAGUUGACAUGAAUUGUGGGAGGAUUUAAAUGUUUAGAGGUUUAGUAAUGUGUGUGACUUACAUUUCUUAAAUUCCACUCUGCCUCUGCUUCUGUUUGCGUGUGUGGGUGGUCUGUGUACAGAAGACCAGUGUGCAUAGUAUAUCUUUGUGUGCUGGUGUGUUCACUGAAAACGCGUGGGCAGUCGGAGCAACGCUUGUUUAUUUACUUUUUACAAAUGUUUCUGAGUAUUUGGGGUUUUCAGCAAAUUUACUCUACAUUUUAUUUUUCCAUUUGGAUUUAUUUAUUCUUCUUCCUCUUGUUUAUAUUCAUUUUUACUCUGCAAUAUGUAUUUCUACUGUACCCUUUUAUUGAUAUCAGCUCAAACACCCCUGUCCAAGUUUUAGAGCUUGUUUCUUUUGCCUACACUGGAUGAAUUAUGACUAAUGUUUAUGUAAUAUUAUCAUUUCUAGCAUGAGUAGUUUUGUUAUUUAAUUUAAUGACAACCAUUUGUUGCUGAUCUAAAUAAAACUGCUAUACUUUUUGACCUA